AUGAGUCGUCGGAGACCUGUGGCCGUCAGGCGCGCCGGACGGAGGGAGCAGGUUGGUGUCACCGUUUUUCCCUUACAAUUUCAGGUGCCUGCGGUCUGUGGGGAGCCAACGGUCAUCAGGGAGGAGCCUGCUGUCCAGGAGGAAGCCCAGGUGCCGCUGCAGGUGUCCACAGAUAAGGUUGCUUCUUUUCCUCUCCCUAGUGAUAGUGGUACUGUUAGUGUUAGUGAACCUCUGUCCGUCUGUGGUCGUGUGGCAAUGGUCGCGAGGGAUUGUCGGGGAAUUAGGUUAGCUAAGGUUGUGCGCGGAUCUUUUCACCAGGGGGAUAGCAGGUUUAGUUACGGAGGGAUGCAAUGCAUGGCCAUUGCUGCAAGUAGUAUAGCUAAGCAUGUGGUGAAAAGCGUGUUUUCGUGGGAGACACAGGAGCUCGAUCGCAUUCUGUAUUCCGGCGAUGAAUUUUACAGUAGUUUGCGCAACCUGGGUAUUUUUAGCCAUCCGUCGCAUUUUUUGUCCGUGCCGGAUCUACCUAGUAAUGUAGUUAUUGACGAGCAGUUGUUUAGUUUCCAUUUUAGUCAACACCCAGCAUCUGGUGCUGUGGGUGUUGAGCAGGAAAAUGGUCCCUUUGUGACUCUUCGUAAUGGAUUAGAGGCAAUUUUCAGGCAGUACAGCACGUGUCUGCUGACACUGGUAACGUCUACAUCUGCCAUCAUCUGUGAGGAUGGACAGUUCGCUGUGGUCGACAGUCACUCACGUAGUAGCUGUGGCCUGGUAGAUCACAACGGUACCAGUGUAAUACUGCACUUUUCCUGUUUAGAUGACCUACAUCACUACAUCUGUUGUUUGGCUGACGCUCUCAGUCCAGGGCCGCAGCCUUUUGAGCUGUGUGGCGUUAGGGUUAGUGUAGGUGCAAGUCCAGCGUUGUCUGGAGCUUCUGUAGAAAGUUGCAUCUUUGAGAUGAACACUGCUGCAGCACCUGAGCUUUGUGACAUCACAGAUGUUUGUGCCACCACCUCCUUGUUUGAGAGUGAUGCAGGUCCAGCUGUGAGCCACGCACAAUCCGGUGUUUCUGUGGAGAGUGGCUUCAUAGAGAUGAGCACUGCUUCGGCACCAGGAUUUAGUGACCUUGCAAAAAAUUCUGCAGCCCCAUCUGUGUGUCAGAGUGGGGCUGGUGUUGAAGCGAGCCCAGCACUAUAUAGCUUUGAGCACAGACAAAGGGUGAAAGCACGCACAGUAGGAAAGUACAGGGAGAAUUUGGGUCACAGGAUCAUGGUUAAAAAACGCAGUGUAGCUAGAUACAGGGCUGACAUUGAACACAGGCAAAGGGUCAAAUACGGGAGUAAAGUGGCGAGUAAAACAAAAUACAUUAAUUUAGAAUACAAGGCCAAAGUUAAAGCACGCAGUGUUGCUAAAUACAGUGACAAUAUUGCCCAUAGAUACUGUGUUAAAGCACGCAGUGUUGCUAAAUACAGUGACAAUAUUGCCCAUAGAUACUGUGUUAAAGCACGCAGUGUUGCUAAAUACAGUGACAAUAUUGCCCAUAGAUACUGUGUUAAAGCACGCAGUGUAGCCAAAUACAGUACAAAUAUUGCGCACAGAGAAAGGGUUAAGUUUGGGAGUAAAGUGGCGAGUAAAAUAAAGUACAUGGACAAUUUAGAACACAGGCAAAGGGUUAAACUAGGCAGCAAAAGGCAGUACAGUGUUAGUUUAAAACAUAGGCAGCAAGUAAUAGCUAGUGUACAGCUGAGUCGGAAGCAGAGGCUGGAGAGGUCUGUAGAUUUUGGUUUUGUCAUGGAUAGUUUUUUGGAUAAGGUUAGACACGGACCGGAUUUCGUGUGUUGUGUUUGUCAUAGGCUGCAGUUUAAAUAUCAGGUGCUGCGCUGUGAGAGGGAAGUAUAUGCAGCACGUUUAGCAACGGCAGGCAUUGCAGAUAAUUGCAUUAGUGAGCAUUAUCUGCAUAGUUGUGAUGAUAAGUGUGUUGAGCCCUGUCCCAUUGUUGAGUCCAGAGGUCAGUUGUGGAUUUGUUUUACUUGUCAUAGUAAGAUCAGUAAAGGUCAAUUCCCAGCUGAAUGUUGGAACAAUAACUUAGCCGUACACCCCAUUCCUCCAGAACUGGGAUGUCUGAAUAGCUUAGAGCAGCACCUGAUAGCUUUACGCAUCCCUUUUAUGAAGGCGUUGGCGUUGCCUAAGGGUGGUCAGAAUGGUGUACACGGGCCCGUUACUUGUGUUCCGGCCAACAUUGUACAAACCACCAAUGUGUUGCCGCGGUCCAGUAUGGAGGGGUCUCUGCUUCAAGUUAAGUUAAAAAGGAAAUUAACCUACAAAGGACACUACGAGUAUCAAUUUGUUGACUCGUGGCGUGUCAGGCGUGCUAUAGAGUACUUAAAGAGAACUAAUGUCUUGUAUAAAGACAUUGAGUUCAACGUGGAAUGGUUAAAUGAUUUUUGUAGGGAAGAAGAGGUUGUUGUAGAGGCUGGUCAGGGUAAGCAGGUUGUUGUUGACACACAGUCCAGUGAGGAUGAGGCUGUCGAGCAGGACAUUGGGGUAGAAGAAGAAUCCGAAGACAUAGCACAAGAUGAAAUGUUACAUGACAGACAACAGCACUGCAUGUUUCAGGACACUUGUCUUAUGCCUGUUGAUAUCGGUCAGGAAGCAUUAGAUCAGUAUUUUGCGGAUGUUGUAUGUCUGGCCCCCGCGGAAGGUAAUAGUCCGGUUAGAAUGCUUUCUGACAAAUUAAAUGAGGCCAAGUGUUUCCCUGUGCUGUUUCCGACUAGCACAAAUACAUUCCACACCCGCCGCACGCAUCGCUUAACAUUGUCGCGCUACUUUAAUAAUCGGGUAAUGCACGCCGACGGCCGUUUUGCGCGCAAUGUGGAAUACAUAUUCUUUAGCCAGUAUAUGUCCGAAUUAGACAAAGUGAUAAGUACUAUUUCGGUCGCCAUGCGUAAAGGUAAGGGGGGUCAGCAUUCUCAGCGGAUUUCCCCGGGCAUGCUCAAAGACGACGAGUCUCUGAAGCGCUUGCUACAGUUCGAUGACGGUUUUCGUUUCCUUCGGCCCAUUCGCGGGACGCCAGCUUUUUGGUCUUCCGUUCAGAAAGACCUUUUGGCUUGUGUCCGCCAAUUGGGGAUUCCUACAUGGUUCUGCUCUUUUUCUUCUGCUGAUUUGCGCUGGCAAAAUCUCCUUGCCAGCAUCCUGAGACAGGAAGGCAGACAGCAGACAGUAGAACAGUUAGAGUGGGCCGAUAGGUGCGAGCUGUUGCGUCGCAACCCGGUCACAGCCGCGAGGAUGUUUGACUACAGGUGGCACUGUUUUUUGAAGGAAGUACUCAUGUCCCCGUCUCAACCAGUUGGCAAGAUUGUAGAUUUCUUUUAUCGCAUUGAGUUCCAGCAGCGUGGGUCCCCCCAUGUUCAUGCGCUGUUUUGGAUUGAGGGAGCUCCCCAAAUUUAUAAAAACACAGAUGUAGAAGUUGCAGAGUUUGUUGACAAAUAUGUGACAUGUGAGCUACCCUCUGGCGAUGACACACUAUUGGAAGUUGUGUCAUCGGUUCAAACGCAUUCAAAACGGCAUUCAAAGUCAUGUCGUAAAAAUAAAACGGUAUGUCGUUUCAAUUUUCCUAAACCCAUCUCUGCACGCACGUUCAUCUGCAAAAUCAAAGAAUGUGUUUGUCCUAAAAAGGGAACGGGGACAGAGGGUGAUCGCACUUCAGAAAACAGGCCAAAGUGCACCUGUUUUGACGAUGAGGGAAGGAAGAUGCCAAAGGAGGUUGCGAAGAUGUUUAUGGAGAGAGUAAAGAAUGCCAUGGGGAGGGAGGAGCCUUUUGGUAGUGUAGAAGAGUUGUUUGCCAGUGUGGGCAUCAACCAGGAAGUCUUUGAGCUCGCUUAUAGGCGGCUGGAGACUAAGAAUAAGGUGGUGUAUAGGCGAGGGGUAAACGACACCUGGGUUAACCAGUAUAAUAGGAAUCUAUUGAAGUGUUGGAACGCUAACAUGGACAUUAGCUUUGUCACUGACGCCUACGCAGUCAUCAUAUACAUCAUAAAGUACAUCACAAAAUCAGAGACCGAAAUGGGUCUGUUAUUGAGCAAUGCCCUUAAGGAAGCAAAUAAACUAGGAAAUCUCUCUGCUAAAGACGCUCUAAAGAAACUGGGCAGUGUAUAUUUACACAACAGAGAUGUCUGCGCUCAGGAGGCAGUGUAUAGGCUAAUGAGCAUGCAUUUGAAAGAAUGUUCCAGGAAGGUCGUGUUUAUUCCAACAGGGAAUAACAUUGUGCGGAUGAGUUUACCCCUCAGUGUGUUGUUGCAAAGGGCUUCCUCAGAGGGCCUUAGGUCCGAAAACAUGUGGAUGACAAGCAUUGUCGAGAGGUAUAAGAACAGGCCCGAUAGUGUCGUGUUUGAGGAUAUGUGCAUAGCCACGUUUUGUUCGGAGUAUCGUAUUCUCAGCCAGAAUGAAAACUCGGACAAUAAAAUCGAACUUCAAGGGGGUUUAGGGUUCGUCUUGCGGAGAACACGAACGCAGUUUGCCGUCGUUCGCUACAUGCGGUUCAAAUUGGAGAAACAGGAGGAAGCCCACUUUCAGAGUUUGCUGCAGUUGUUCCUUCCUUAUAGAACUGAUUUAGAGCUCAAGCCGGAAGGCUUUGAGUUCUACAAACAGUUCCACGAGGAAGGUAAUGUGACGUUGGCUGGCGGGACCGAGCGGCCAGUGCGAGACGUCGUCGAUGAAAACAGGGCAAAGUUUGAAGUGGACUGUCCUCGAUUAGAGCGUGCGCAGGAGAUUGCGGACAUGUUGGGCGGUGUCGACGAGGAUGCGUGGGGGGACCUUUGUCCUGAACAGCAAGUCGAACACAUGGAAUGUUUAGAGGAGAGGCGGCUGCAGCAGCAGGGGGAAAUUAGGGACGAGCAGCUAGUUGAAUUGGAGGAAAAUGUCCCCGAUUUGUUUGUUGGUGGUAAACAAGUAGCUACAAUCGAGAGAAACACCAACAUUUUGCCUAGAAGGGAGGGUUUAGCUCUGGUCCAUUCUCUCAAUGAGACGCAGAGGAGCAUUUUUGAUAGGAUUAGGAAAUGGUGCCUAGAAAAGGUGAUGGGAAAAACCCCAGAACCUUUCCAUGUGUUCGUAACUGGUGGGGCAGGUACUGGAAAAAGCCAUUUCAUUAGAGCUAUCCAGUACGAGGCAGGGAGACUAUUGUCGCGUCUGUACCAACCGGAUGAAACCUGCGUACUCUUAACUGCUCCCACAGGCAUCGCUGCAUACAGUUUACAUGCAGCCACAAUUCACCACACCUUUAGUAUUGGCAUGCAGGUUAGUUUACCGUAUAUCCCUCUGGGUGAAGAUAAGAUAAACUCCUUGAGGGCUCAAUUUGGUCACCUACAAAUUCUAAUCAUUGACGAAAUCAGUAUGGUAGAUCAUCAUCUUUUAGCUUAUGUGCAUGGCCGGUUAAGGCAAAUUAAACAGACGGGGGACUUUUCUCCAUUUGGCAACGUUAGUGUUGUAGCUGUUGGUGACUUUUAUCAGUUGCCGCCCGUUAAAGGGAGGCCGCUGUACACCUGUCAGGUGGGUGUGGACCUCUGGUGUCAUUUCACAAAGGUAGAACUAAAAACAGUUGUGAGGCAAAAAGAUAGUGUCUUUUCUGAGCUGCUAAAUAGACUUAGAGUUCGGUCAAAGGAAACCCCCUUAUCGCAAAGCGACGUCGAUAUCCUCAAGUCUCGGGAGACGGGGGAACAGAGCGCUGCUUUGCAUAUUUAUCCCACGAAUAUGCAAGCCAGCGAGCAUAAUCUGAAGCGGUUGUUCGCAACCUGUCCAGAUUAUGUUACAAUUGAGGCCCAAGAUUUUAUUAACAGCAGGAAGACGGGUGAAUUAGAGCGCGUGGUCGGGCAUCACGGUAAAACGUCGUACACGUGUUUGGCCAAGAGUUUGUGUUUGGCUCCGGAAGCACGUGUCAUGCUUUGUAAAAAUGUUGCUGUGGCAGACGGUCUGGUCAAUGGCGCAUGUGGAACGGUGACUUAUAUUCAAUUUGGAGCAGAUGAAGACUUCCCCCUCGUAGUCUAUGUCAAAUUUGAUGAUCCUAAGAUAGGCUCACAAAGGAGAAAGGAACGUUCCCAUGCUGCUGUAGAAUGCCCGCAUUCUACUGCCAUUGACCCCGUGGAGGAUUCGGCGACAAAACGCGGCGGUUUGCGUCGUCAGUUUCCUCUUAAACUCGCGUGGGCCUGCACUGUUCACAAAGUGCAAGGUCUAACUGUCGACGAGGCUGUCGUGUGUUUACACAAGAUUUUUGCAGCUGGGCAGGCGUAUGUCGCCCUCAGUCGUGUUAGGGAUAUAUCCGGCCUUGUGAUUACAGAUUUUGAGGAAAAGGCCAUUUACUGCAAGCACACCGUCAAGGGGGCAUUGGAUAGCAUGCCCCCAUUCCUAAUUGAACAGCCACAGCCUUCAUUAGAAACUCCCAGUUUCUCUGUGUAUUUGCUUAACGUCCAAAAUUUACGUUGCCACGUCGCUCAUUUGGUGUCUUGUACGCAGCAUUUACAGCCUACCUGUAUUGCUGUCACAGAGACGUGGCUCAGUGCACAAUCCUCAACAGACUGUGUCCAAAUAGAGGGAUACACUUUCCACAGUCGUCCUCGAGCCUUGUGUUACAGCAGCAAUGAUGUCAAAUUAUCUGAGAUUAGAGAUCUCGAACAUGGCGGAGUGGGAUUAUAUGUUGUAGAUAAUUCGGACUGUGAGAUUCUGCAGGUGCCCGAUUUAAAUCUGGAGUGCUUGGUGUGCCUGUUUACCAAAGAGAACCUUUUGAUGGCAGUAAUUUAUCGUCCGCCACGUUAUCCAAUUUCACUUUUUAAAUCCAAUCUGGUUAAGUUACUUGAUUGUGUAAAUCCCAUCAGUAACACAAUUGCUAUAAUGGGCGAUUUUAAUGAAGACCUCCUCAAACAUUCAUCAAUUUCUAAAUUAAUGGGCCAAAAUGGAUUUUGCCAGCAUGUAACACAAGAGACUACAGAGAGUGGGACAUUAAUUGACCAUGUUUAUGUCAAAACAACACAGUAUGCUGUGGAUUGUGCAGUGGUGUCCACUUAUUUCAGUGACCACGAAGCCAUCCUGUGUGGUUUUCGUGGUCAAGAUGAAGGUGAUACGUUUGAUUUGGAUGUGUUGUUUGCAGAUAGUUUUGCUGACGAAUAGGGUCCCUAAACAUCAUCACAACCGUCAACCCCCAAAAUGGAUUAACUUGCUGGAAUACAAAAGACCUUAUAACAUGCAUGUGAAAAAGUGCAAUAUAUUUAUCUGUACAGUACCGUAAUCUAUUUAUUUAUUAUACAUAUAUUUAUAUAUUUUUAUAUAUUUAUUUAUUUAUACA